UGGCUCAACUAUUUGUGUGUUCACAGCUCGGUGUGACCUCUGACCUCUGCCGCAGCAUCAGGAUGAAAACAGGAACGGUCCAGAACAAUAAAAACCCAACUUACCAGUAGAACUUUUCUCUGAGCGUGUCAGAGCCCCUCCUCCAGGGCAGGUUGGUGAUCUCGGUGCACAGAUGUCUACCCGACUCCAGGUGCAGCCAGCUGAUUGGUUGUAUGAGUUUUGGAAUUGGAUCCCUCAUCAGAUCUUCUCAGCUAAUCACUGGUUGGUUCUACCUGCUGAGGGAAGAGAUUGGACAGAGCAAACACAUGAGGGUGACAUCACAGAGAAACAGACCAAAGAAAAGCCACCUGGUAAAGCUGGAGCAGCAGGGGCUGGAGCCUAGAGCUGACCUCAGAAGGACUCCGGACUCGGCUCCAGACACUGACCUAACCUGGACCGGCACCAUGGCCAGCACCACGCGGUCCAUCAGUAAUGCGGCCACCUCAUGUGGACCCAAAGAAACUACCCGCCACAGCAUGGUGUCUGGUCGGAUUGGCAGCCAAGAACCGGACCAGGGCAACUACAGUGGCUGUGUCUCCUCUGGGUUCUGUGGACCACAGCACGCAGCCGUAAGCAUCAUUCGAGGCAACGACGGGUUUGGAUUUACAAUCUUCGCGGAUUGUCCGGUCCGAGUCCAGGCGGUUGAUCCAGGAGGACCAGCUCAUCAGGCAGGACUCUGUCAGGGAGACUCAGUUCUUCAGCUCAAUGGACUUCCUGUAGAGACCUGGAAAUGUGCGGACCUUGCCCAGGCCAUCAGGAGCUGUCCCUCCCAGGUUGUCCUGGUGGUCUGGAGAGGUUUACCUGAGUUGAGCUCAGCUCAUCAGACUUUGCUCCACCCACAGGUUCGUAAUUCGAUAACAACCAACCAGUUACUGCCUCACCCCGCCCACAGCAAACACAGCCGCAGAGCGGUGCAGGGCCGGGAACACCGCUCCGGUCUGGGGGUUCUGGGUUCCCUGUGGAGAGGCAGGAGGGAGGACCAAGAUCAGGAGGACAAUGGGGGGCAGGAGAUAUGUUCCACGAUAAAAGGCACCAGAAUUACAUCAUCAACUGGAGACAAUUACAUCAUCCUGUCACCUGUAAACCAAGGAGAGCAGCUCCCACAUCCGGGUUACAGUGGCACAAAUGGGACCAUUGGUCGUCUGUACCAGACUGAUCCAAGCAGAACUCAAAGUCUCCUCCAUAAUCCUCGAACUUGGAUGUCUCAGCGAACUACAACAAGCCAAAACUCUACUCUGCCUGUUCUACAACCCAGAACCAUGGUGCUGGGUCCACCUGGUAACCAUGGAAACUACCAGAACUGUACCAUCGUUCAGUCCCAUCUUCCACGGUCCAGUUAUGGAAAAUAUGCCUCCCUUCCACCCAAAACUCUCUUCUUCCCCAUCUUUGUCCAGCCUCUGGAUCUCUGCAGCCCGGACAGAACCCUGUGUAUGGCUGAGGAAAUGACCCUACAUAAGGCCAACCUGCUUCCUUCCAAGGUGACUGUGCUGAUCUACAGCGACCUGCUGCUGCUUACCAGAGAGGAUGAUGCUGGUCGAUGCAGUGUCCUUCAGAGCCCGCUAUACCUGAAAAUGGUCCAGUUUAGAGAAGUUCCAUCAGAACCACUCCACAUCUACUUCCUGCAAAAAUCUGACACCUGCUGGUGCUGCCUUUUCAGUUUAGAAGCAUUCAACAUCCAGCAGAAGCUCCGGGUCUGCCUCUGUCUCCACAGCAACAUACAAUCCCACAUGGUUACCAUGGAGACCCCACUACCAUACCAGUUCUCAGACCUCCCUUCAGAUUUCGACCUGCUGUCUCUCAGUCAGUCCAGCUUCCCUGGUGGCCCAUCCUCCCCCUACUCCUCUCUCUCUGACCCCUGCAGACCCCCCUCCCCCUAUUCCUCUCUCUCUGCCCCCUGCAGACCCCCCUCCCCAUACUCUCACCGAUCCCAUCUCCCCUCGUCCUCCAUGGCUUCCCCUAUAGGCCUUCCCUCCCCUCCCCUGGAAACAGUCCCCUCUCCACCUCAAUACCUUUCUUUAUCUCCCUCCUCCUUCCCUACUCCGAGGAGUCCAGUCUGGAAACAAAGAGAUGACACAGAGGAAGAGAGGGUGAAGAGGAGGGAAGAGGGGGAGGAGCGGCAGCAGGGAGAGGGGGAGAGUUCCUCUGAAACGUCAGAGAGUUUGGGGGGAUUUGUGGGCAAGGGCCUCCUGCUAAGCCCCCAGCAUAUCAAUAUAUAUAAUGAAGAGGAUGAUAGUCCAGAGGAGGAAGAUGAAGAGGAGUUAAUCUGCACACCUACAGUUCUCAGACGCUCAAUCUCUGAGGGAUCCUUGCUAAAGGAACCUAGAUCGCCCCGCUUCCCGUCAGACAGCACCAUCCACCGCCUUAUACUUGCAUCAACCUUUGAACUAAGCAACACCCUUGUUUCCUCCCCUUGUCCCAAUUCCCCUCUAACUCUAAAGAAACAACUGACCAAGGAGGGUGGAUCUCUGAACCAAAUGCUGCUGCUGCUCAACAGCUCUAAGGAUGGAACAUCCAGGACCUACAAGCUGAAGAAGAGAAAAGCCAAGAGUUUGGCUGCUGAUAUUCAGAGUCGCCUGGUAUUUCUACAGAAAUGGAAAAACUACUCUGGUUUUUGUGGCAACAGUUUAAAGAAAGCCUUAAGAAACAACCGACCAUCUGAAACGGAGGUAAAGAGGUGGGCAGAGAGUCUGGAAGCCCUGCUGGCUAAUCAGUAUGGUGUGGCAGUGUUCCAUCACUUCCUGAGGUCAGAGUUCAGUGAGGAGAACCUUGACUUCUGGUUAGCAGUAGAGAAAUUUAAGAAGACACACCCCUUUAGUAAGAUGGCUGCGCAAGCUAAGAAGAUCUACGACGAGUUUAUUUCUUCAUCUGCAGUGCGACAGGUCAAUGUGGACUCGUUUGUAAGAGACUCAACCCAUCAGAGCGUUAGAUGUGAUCUUAACCCCACAUCUUUCCAGCUGGCCCAGGAUCAGAUCUUCAGCCUGAUGGAGACUGACAGCUAUCCACGUUUCCUCAAGUCCCGCAUUUAUGCCCAGCUGGCCAACCUCAGCACAGACACAGUACUGGGGUUGUCCAAUAAUAGUAGAUCUGUCAUCUAGUUGUGUUCCAGAUCUUUGGGAGUCUGUGGUUGGCCUGCCAUGGGGGCCAAUCAGAGUUACAUUAAGCCAGCUUGAUUAUGGGAACUGUAGAAAACAGAAGUUCUGAUUAAUGAUGAAUGUGUAAAUACUUUCCUCCCGAUUUUAUCAAAGACUUAAAUAACUGUACUUUCCUUUAAACAGGAACCUUAGUUUAUCGGCUGAUUCAAUUAAAUUCAAUUCAUUUUAUUUAUAUAGAGCCAAUUCACAACAUCUGUAAAAAAAAAAAAAAGGGUGUUGAUGG